AAGGUGGGCACUAUCCGAUCCACGUCCGCUACCCAGACAAGCUGCUCUUUUGUGGUACAAAAAGUUGUUUAAUAUCGCUGUCCUAUCACCCUAGAUACUCAUUUUACACCUUGAUGCUGCCAUAAAAGGUAGCAACAGUUCAUUAUAAUCGUGUUUGGUCUAGUUAAAAAAAAAACAAAAAAAAAAAACAAGUUUCAACAGUCAAUCGUUUGGCACACUACUCGAGCAGUGAAUGAAUCAACCCCGUAUAAGAACGCCGACAAAGUCGCAUUAAAGCCGAGGUCGAGAGAUCUUCUGUUGUGGCGAAUUCGAACUGAGAUGAAGGUAAAUGUGGUGUUGGUAGCUGUAUUGCUGGGGUUCUUCUCCUUCUGUUCAGCUCAACUAGAUGGUAAUGAUUGCACUAAGGCUUCUGCUCAGUCCUGUGGCGAAUGCAUUCAGGUUGGAGAAAAGUGUGGCUGGUGUACCGAUGAAGCCUUUUUGAAGCAAGGUGAAUCCAAAUCAACACGCUGUGAUGAAAUUGAUGCUCUGAUUAAAAAGGGUUGUCCUCAGAAAAAUGUGGAAAAUCCUAAAGGGGCAAUCAUUGUCACUAAGAACAAUACAGUCACAAAUCAUAAGAAGAAUGUGGCUGAAAAACGGAACCCAGACCAGAUCACUCAGAUUCAACCUCAGAAGCUCACACUCAACCUAAGAGCAGGUGAACCUCAAAAAUUUUCCCUGAAGUUUAAAAGAGCUGAAGAUUAUCCCAUUGACCUGUAUUACCUGAUGGACUUGAGUUACUCCAUGAAAGAUGAUUUGGAGAAUGUGAAGAAUUUGGGAACAGACCUGAUGCAUCAAAUGCAGUCAGUUACAUCUGAUUUUAGGAUUGGUUUUGGUUCAUUUGUGGAAAAAACUGUGAUGCCCUACAUCAGUACAACCCCUGCUAAGCUGCUGAAUCCCUGCACUUCUGAUCAGAACUGCACAAGCCCUUUUAGCUAUAAAAAUGUUCUAAAUCUGACUAAAGAUGGCCAUGAAUUUAACAGUCUUGUUAGCCGGCAACAAAUUUCUGGAAACCUCGACUCACCUGAGGGAGGCUUUGAUGCCAUCAUGCAAGUCGCCGUCUGUGGGGAACAAAUUGGUUGGAGGAAUGUCACUCGACUACUAGUGUUUUCCACUGAUGCUGGAUUUCACUUUGCGGGAGAUGGUAAACUGGGUGGUAUCGUGCUUCCCAAUGACGGAAAAUGCCACCUGAAUGAUAAUAUAUACACAAUGAGCCAUUACUAUGACUAUCCUUCAAUUGCACACCUUGUACAGAAACUGAGCGACAACAAUAUUCAGACUAUUUUUGCGGUGACUGAGGAGUUCCAGCCAGUUUAUAAGGAGCUUAAAAAUCUAAUUCCAAAGUCAGCUGUGGGAACAUUGUCUGCAAACUCCAGUAAUGUGAUCAAACUAAUCAUUGAUGCCUACAAUUCUCUGUCAUCUGAGGUCAUUUUGGAGAACAGUAAGCUACCUGAGGGAGUAUCCAUCUCUUACAUAUCCCACUGUAAGAACGGUCUGAGUGAAACAGGAGACAAUGGAAGGAAAUGCUCAAACAUCUCCAUUGGUGAUGAGGUGACCUUUGACAUUACUAUCACCACAAAGGGCUGCCCAUCACAUGGUACAGAGGUUAUUAAGAUUAAGCCGUUGGGCUUCAAUGAGGAGGUAGUGAUUGAUCUGAAGUUCAUCUGUGAGUGUGAAUGUUCAAAAAAUGGAACUCCAAACAGUUUAAAAUGUCACUUUGGCAAUGGGACCCUUGAGUGUGGAGCAUGCAGGUGCAAUGAGGGACGUAUUGGAAGGGUUUGUGAAUGUAGCAAAGAUGAUGUCCGGGCAGAAGAUCUGGAUGCAAAUUGCCGCAUGGACAAUGGAACAGAUAUCUGUAGCAACAAUGGAGAUUGUAUCUGUGGUACAUGUGAAUGCAAAAAGCGAGACAACCCAGAGGAGCGGUAUGAAGGGAAAUACUGCGAAUGUGACAACUUUAACUGCGACCGAUCCAACAACAAACUAUGUGGAGGUCAUGGUCAGUGUGCAUGCAGAGUGUGUGUGUGUGAUGCAAACUACACAGGGAGUGCAUGUGACUGUCCUCUAGACAAGCAGCCAUGUGUGGCCAAUAAUGGGCAGAUCUGUAAUGGUCGUGGCACCUGUGACUGUGGAGCGUGUAAAUGCACUGACCCAAAGUUUCAGGGUCCCACCUGUGAGAUAUGCCCCACCUGUCCUGGAGUCUGCACAGAGCACAAACCUUGUGUUCAGUGCCGUGCAUUUAAAAAUGGAGAGAUCAGUGAAGAGAAAUGUAGCCAGAAAUGCAGUCACUUUAAACUAAUAAUGGUAAAGGAAAAGGAAGACCUUCCUCAGCCGAACAGCCAGCCAUACCUCAGCCACUGCAAAGAGCGUGAUGCCAAUGACUGCUGGUUCUUUUUUACUUAUGCCACGAAGAAUGACAGUGCUGAGGUCUAUGUGGUUGAGAAGUUGGAAUGCCCCACUGGUCCUGACAUUAUUCCAAUUGUAGCAGGUUUAGUUGCAGGCAUUGUUCUGAUUGGUUUGGCCCUGCUUUUCAUCUGGAAGUUGCUCAUGAUUAUUCAUGACCGCAGAGAGUUUGCAAAGUUUGAGAAAGAGAAGAUGAAUGCCAAGUGGGAUACGGGUGAGAAUCCUAUCUAUAAGAGUGCUGUGACUACAGUGGUCAAUCCUAAAUAUGAGGGAAAGUAAGAGGCAGAUGGUCCAUCUCAAACACUGUGUGCAAAUAUGUUUGUUGUUCAAUUUCAUUUUUAAGACACAAUUUGGUAGCUGCAUCUCUCCACACCCUGCAUUAUAAUCUUCAUAUUUGUAUGUGCUGUUAUUUUUUGUCUAAAUAUUUGUUGUCACAUGACUGGUUUUGGACUUUAACAUGCAAGUUGUUUAUUUUGAAUAGAGUAAUUGUAUUCUGUUGUAGUGGUUUCUUGUUCAUAUCCUGGAUUUGACCCGUUUUCACAUUUUAUUCCGUCUCUCUCUCUCUCUCUUUCUCUCUCUCUCUCUCUCUCUCUCUCUCUCUCUCUCUCUCUUUAUAUAUUCAUAUAUAGGGGCAAGAAAAUUUUCAAUCACUAGUGUAGCAUGUAGCUGGCCACUGGUUUGGAAGUGUAUGUUGCUUUGUUCCCAAUUCAGUCAUUGUGUACCCCAAACUAGCGUGGUUUUCUUUCCCCCUUUUCCAUACACACCUGAUGAUUCAGCUGUACUGGAAGCUGAACCACAAAAAAAAAGUGCACUGGAGUAUGUCUUGUGUAUCCUGCAUGUAGUGCUGUUUUUUUAAUAUAAUGUUUUUAUUUUUGGAGACUGUGGUAUUUAAGUAUUUUAAUUAUUCUUUCUUUGUAUGGAAUCUCUUUCUGAGAUGCGCUCAUUAGGUUUAUAUAUUCAUGUAUUAAAAGGACAUUGUUUUGCCAAUCAUUUUAAACUUCUGUUCAUAUGCGAGGGUGGUGAUUCUAUGGCUCUAAAGAAGAAAAUAUCCAGUAUAUCAUUAACACUGUAAAAUCCUUAAUUAUGAAAUUGCAUUAUGGGUAGAUUUGAAUGCAUUACCAUUAUAUCAUUUUGGCCAGGAUUCCAAACUCUGAUCUUAAUGUGGGUGCAUCUCAGGGACAUGAAUAACAGUUCAAAAAGUUUAUUCAAACAGUUGUCUAGCAAUCAAACAACAAAUUGUUUAAAAUAGUAUACAUUUUCAAAACUUGAUGCUCAGGUUUGUAUUUUAUUUUUAAAUAUAUAAUCAUAAAAACCAAAAACUGUUUUGUGCAAAAAGAUUUUUUCAUUAUGCCAAGUCUGUUACCCGAAAUAGACUUGUUUACUAUGUAUUGAACUUUAUUUUAUAACCUGCUGUCUGAAUAUCGUUUUUUUCCCCAAGCCUAAUAUUUUGCAAUAAUUGUUAAAGAUUUUCAUGAGAAUUAUUUCAAAUUUUUAUUUUCCUGUUCAAUCUUAAAACCACGUCUCUGACUGUGUGUCAAAUUUCUGCAACAUAUUCACGCUUAAGAAUCUUUUACUUAUUUAUUAAAAUAAACAAUCAAAACGA